UAUCUGCGUUAAAUAUGAUAUAACGUCCUGUUAUGGAAGAAUAAAUUAAUUAUUCAAUUCACUGUUUCUAUUGGUUUGCAUUUAAAUAGAGCAGCCAAAAGAGAAACUCCCCCUCUUCUCUGCACUAAGAGAAAAGAAACAGAAAAAGUUUGUUGAUGAAGAAUUGAAGAAGAACAAAAUGAGCUACAAGAAAAUCAGCCUCCUUUUCCUCAUCAUUUCUGCAGCUCUCUUUUCCACUUCUUUUGCAGGCCGAGUUCGUAAAUCGUUGGUGUCAAAUGUAGUGAGCACAAGUUAUGAGGAUUUGGAAUCGUGGGAGGCAGUAAGGCACGAUGAAGAGAGUGAAAUUCAUGGAAGAGUUCUAAAAGUGAAAACAAAUGAUUAUGGAAGAUAUGAUCCUGCGCCUUCUUUCGUUAAGCCUCCUUUCAAACUCAUCCCCAACUAGUACUAAUUUUUAAACUCUAUAUCUCCACCCACACCAUCUUAUAAUAUCCUAUGUAAUGUGAAUCUAUAUAGUUAAUUAGUGUGUCACAAAUAUAUACUAAUGAUGAAUCCCUUCUUAGCUUCUCUUGUAAAAUGUAUGUCUACGCAUGUAUUUGUACCAUGAAUGUUGGGUUUUGUAUGUCACGCUUUUCAAGCUAUAAAAUACAUGUGUGUGUGUAGCUAGGAGGCUAUAUAUAUGAAAUUUUAUCUUUUUAUUA